ACGUCACGUCACUGUCAUUUAUUUUGGAUGUGUCAGUGUCAUUUAUGAAAACAAAUAAUUACUUUAAUUUAUUAGAUAACAGUUGUUUGUGCCAAGUUUGUACCCAAAUCAUCUUUAAUGAUAUAUGAAUUUUAAAUAAUUAUUCCUGGCCUCUUGUCUUGUAUUUAUAACUUUACUCAUGUCGAUGCAGAAAUGGUGAUGUAAAUAAUUAGUUAGUUAUACAUAACAGUACAUUGGGAUAAUGAAAUGGAAAAAUGAGCUUACAAGAUAGAAUAAAACCUAUAUUAAAAUUAUUAAAAAUUUUCUCGGUGUGUGGAGGCAGUGGUUUAUUUAUUGCUUACCAUAUUCGUCAAACAUGUAAAUCGGUGUCAAAUAUUGUAAAUUCAAAUGUUCUUGACAGAGAAAGGAAACAUACCUCAGAAUAUAUUUACAUUGACGAUCCAGCAUACGAUGUUACGAUGAUGUUGGAGCAGGAUAGAGAGAACAAACAAUCUGUAGGUUUGUCUCGAAUAUGGAAAAGUUUGAAGCAUUCUUUAGCUUGGCGCCUUCUGUGGUUGUGCCGACAUGGGAACCGAGAACAACGUAACAUAGCUCUAGAGCAGUUGGCCGCCUUCAAGAACAAUAAGAUCUGGGAUUGCUUGAAACUUGCUCAGGCACUAGACAAAAACACUGCCGUCUUGUUGGCAAGGACUCAAGGUGCCGACCUUCGAUAUUUCUUACCACCACCAAUUCAUGUACGUCGUGCUGCACUCACUUCUGAAUUAGUUUCCUUCAGACUAAAAGAUAUGAUAUCUAUUGUUCAAAAUAUAAAUCCUCAUAGUUGUAUACAGCACUUUCUUUCAAAACAUUUUCUCAAUGUUCAAGAACAAGCUAUGGAAGCAGACAGUAUUCCGACUAAACCAGACAGUAUUAGUGAACGUGAUCUUUGCAUCUUAUGUCUUGAUGCUCUUCAUCAUCAUGUAAGUUUAUUUCAUUGUAAAAACUAUGAUGAAGACACUUCUGUGAAGUCAUUGAUAGCCAUUGGAUUACUACCAAAGCUGGCAGAACUGAUGCUAAGAUAUAAAUAUGACAAUGAUUUGGAUUUAGCUGUACUUAGGAUACUCACUGUUUUAAGUGUACAUUCAAAUUUAUUAACAGAUUUUUUUCAAUAUGGUCUCAUAAGAGAGCUCUCACGUCUUUUACGAUCUAAUGACAUUCGCCUUUCCAGUUCUGCUGCAGUAUGCCUAGCAAAUUUAUCUGGAGAAUACUGUUAUAGACCAGGAUUGUAUCUUUUGUAUCCUCUUUACAGAACAAAUACUCCACAUUCGUGUGAUACUCUUUUAGUUCAUGGCUUAAGAGGUGGAGUGUUUGUUACUUGGAGACAACGUGACAGAAAAUGUGCAGACCCAAUCGGUAUAAUAGAUGUCACAAUAUCUGAAGUGGAUUGUGACUCAUGUGUGAAAGAACCAGAUAUUAACACCCAGUAUUUAGAUCCAGAAUUUAAACAAGUUGUAGAAGAUAUUAUAGAAAUGGAAGAUGAGAGAUUGUUAGCUGAUGUUGAGGUUGUUCUUCAUGAUAUACCUCUGGAAGAAAAGAGGGUGCCUGCCAAUAAGAAUAAUUACACAACAAAAAGAAAGCUGGUUGCUUUAAAGGAGGAAAAUCAAGACCGAUGUAAUUAUACUCACUGCUGGCCCAAAGAUUGGCUGCCUAAGGAUUGCAGUAAUUUAAGAAUUUUGGGAGUCAACUACUGGAGCACAUUAUCAGAUUGGUUAGAAAGGUGCCCUCUACAAGCAGCUGAUAUAGCCACAAGAGCUGCUGACAUGGCACCUGUUCUUGUAGAUGCUGGUGUCGGCACUAAACCUAUUGUUUGGCUUGCACAUUCAAUGGGAGGAUUAAUUGUUAAACAAAUGCUUGUUGAAGCAGCAGAAAGCAAAAAUCCUCUAUUAAGAAAUCUUUCUCUUAAUACAAAAGCAAUAGUAUUCUACAGUACUCCUCAUAAAGGUAGUGCAUUGGCUACAAUGCCUCGUGCUGCUGCUGCUGUGAUUUGGCCUUCUAAUGAUGUUAGACAACUAAAAGAGAAUUCACCAAUACUGCUUGAACUUCAUAAUACAUUUAUAAAAUUUGCUGAUACAUUUGGUUGGGAAACAAUAAGUUUUGCUGAAACAUUGCCUACUUUGGUAACAUCAUUUAAAGUUCCUAUACAUUUUGUUGAAUCUGUGUCUGCUGAUUUAGGUAGAGGUGUUUUCUACCGUUUACCUCUUGAUCAUUUGUGUAUUUGUAAACCUGCCACAAGGCAAUCUGUUUUAUACACUACAGUGUUAGAUAUAUUGCAAAGAGUCACAAUGAAAGACAUUGAAUUGCAAUAUUCAAACCCUAUUGUAGAAUGGUUGAUGGGAUUAUUUUAUCGCCUCUAUAACAAUAAGUCAAAACAAAUAUUAGAAAAAUUUGACGAGACCCACAACAUUGAACAACUCAAGUGGUUUGAAAAAUUUUUACUUGAAACAUUUACAGAUGGUUUUACAGAUUAAUGUGGUAUAUAAUUAUUUUAUGUUAUCCUGUUUUGGUUUUCUUCCAUCCAAGUUAAUAUUUCUACCUAUCAAUGUUCAAUAUAAUUAUAAACUGUGCAUAUUUCAUGGUGUUUUUUUUUUUGCGUCAAUAAAGUUCAAUAACAAAAUGUAGAAAUAUAAGACUUUAGGAAUAUAAAUUAAUUAAUCUAAUGAGUAAUUUUGAUAUAUUUGUUUCCACUGGGGAGAUGUUUUAAUAAAAAUAAAAAAAUCGUAUUAAGUAUGACCUUAUUAUUACAAUUAUAAAGUGAGGUACGUACAGAUGCAAAAUAUAAAGUUAUGCAAACGAUUAUAAACUUAAUUAAUUGCUCGAAAAAACAGUAUUACAGCUGCAUAAUUAAUCUAGUUGAAAGACGAUAAAUUCUCUAAAUUCUUAGGGCUGGCUGCUCUGCAUUCUAUAGCUAAUACCAUAUGA